AUGGCUCAAACACCACCCGCAUUUACACCAGACAGCGAAUUCGCUGAGCUUGAGACGCCACGCGGCACCGGCAAUGAGGGCCUAUCGAUAACUGCACUGGCUCGGUUUGAGUUCGAGGCCGGUAAGGCCAACGAUGGCACUAAAAUCCUGAUGAUCGAGUGGGAGGACGACGAUCUUACCCGAUCCUCAUCUGAGGGCUUCUGGAACGUUUCAUGGACUGGCAAGACUACCGUUUUACCCGCCGACGAACGGCCGUCUGAUAGCCUGCGCCGCUUCUACCUCUUAUUGCCACCCAAUGUCACCAUCCCGCCUGUUGUGACACUAUCAUACGAGCUCCAGGGCACACCGGACGAAAUAGCUGCUCUAGCCGAGAAGCGGCCCCUACGAAGCCGUGAUACCUUCCAGCUGAACCCUCUCCCCGCAAUAUUCCCUCCUGGUCUGGGCGCCACCGGCCGGGCGGCCGGCAAGAAAGGCGUGUUACAUACUAUCUGGGCAAAGAAACGACUCCGUGUUCUUGAGCAGGAGAUUGCUGCUGAAUCACAAAACAACAUUGAAGGAAUUGCUCUACACAUGGCUAUUCAAGAAAAGGAGUGGAUUGAGGAAAACUUUGGAGUCGGUUCGCGCGCUGUCGACUCGGUUGCCAGUAGCCAUGACUCCUCAAAUUCAUCCUCCAUUUACCCAGCCACACCGGUGUCGCCUAUCAGCGGCAGGAAGCUAAGCGACAAGCUCAAGGGACUGAAACUGCAGACAAGCUCAAAGGACCUGGCAGUGAACGACAAUUCUACUCCUAAUACCGCCCAUCUUCUUUCGCCUCAAUCUCCUGAUGUUGCUGUAUCCUCGUUCAGCUCAUUCCGUAACGUUGCGCAUAAGCACAUCCACUCCAUGCCAACGCCAGAUACCAAUCCCACUCCAACUCCAAGCUCUCACAUCAACCCCUCCGGCCCCGAAUCACUUAAGCCGGUUGCACUUUUCCCACCCUCAGCUCUGCAGGAAGCCCAACGGAACAGCGACCAGGGCGGGUUUGCAUCCAUGGGCGCAAUCACGCGCACUCCGAGCAAUGAUUCCGGCGAGGAAUUGUUCGCCAAGGCACUGAGCCCGCGCUCACCCGAUCUCCCUCGGAGUCCAUUCUCAUUCCGUUAA